CCCCCGCCAUCCCAGCACUCAACCGGAGCAGGUACAAUAUUCAGACCGGCCCCCUUGAGCUGAGCUGCAGGGAUGCCGUGUUCUGCAAGCAUGGGAGCAAGAUGUAUCCACUUUGAGUAAACCCUCUCUGCCCUGCCAGCUGAGCAUCCUGUCCCAUCCACCUCCGUGAGAACAGCAGAGGCUCUUCUGGCCUGGAAAGCCUGCUGGGUCUGGGCCAAGUCCGGCGCGGAGAUGGAGAACAACACCGUGGCUCCGGCGACAAACUCCUGCACCUUCCAUGAGGAGUUCAAGCAGAUCCUGCUGCCCCUGGUCUACUCCGUGGUGUUUGUGGUGGGGCUCCCCCUGAACUUCAUCGUCAUUGUGCAGAUCUGGCUCUCCAGGAAAGUGCUGACCCGCACUGCCAUCUACAUGCUGAACCUGGCCACGGCCGACCUGCUGUACGUGUGCUCCCUGCCGCUGCUCAUCUACAACUACACGCAGAAGGACUACUGGCCCUUCGGGGACUUCACCUGCAAGUUUGUCCGCUUCCAGUUCUACAGCAAUCUGCAUGGCAGCAUCCUGUUCCUCACUUGCAUCAGCGUCCAACGCUACCUGGGCAUCUGCCACCCUCUGUCGUCCUGGCACAAGAAGAGGGGCAAGAGGUUCACCUGGAUGGUGUGUGGUGGGGUGUGGGUCAUUGUCAUCGCCCAGUGCCUGCCCACCUUCGUCUUCGCCUCCACGGGCAUCCAGAGAAACAGGACCGUGUGCUACGACCUCAGUCCCCCGGACCGCUCCGCCAGCUACUUCCCCUAUGGCAUGACGCUGACGGUCACGGGGUUCCUCAUCCCCUUUGUCUUCAUCCUGGUGUGCUACUGCAGCAUGACCAAGCUGCUCUGCCAGAAGGAUGAGAUGAUAGGCCUGGCCGUGCGCAAAAAGAAGGACAAGGCCAUCCGUAUGAUCAUCAUUGUGGUCAUCGUCUUCGCCAUCAGCUUCUUCCCCUUCCACCUGACCAAGACCAUCUACCUGAUCAUCCGCUCCUCGGCGGGCGUGCCCUGCCUGGUCUUGCAAACCUUCGCCAUCGCCUACAAGUGCACCAGGCCCUUUGCUAGCAUGAACAGCGUCCUGGACCCCAUCCUCUUCUACUUCACCCAGCGCAAGUUCCGGGACAGCACGCGCCACCUGCUGGACAAAAUGAGCUCCAAGUGGAGGCACGAUGCAUGCCGCACCUACAAAUCGUAGGCUCUGGGGAAAGGAGAAUGAGGGAGGAUGUUCUGCUGGGCGGAGGCAGAGGACUGAAUGGCUGUAGCUUUAUCGCAGCCAGCUCUGCUUUACCCAGCAACAGGGAGAGAGAGAGCAGGAGGCAAGGGCUGAUGGUCCUGAGCAUAGCGCUGGGAGCCAGGAGCUUCUUAGUUCUACUCCCAGUUCUGGCCGUGGGUGGGUCACUUGGUCUCUCUGUGCCUCAGUUUCCCCAUCUGCAGAAUGGAGAACAAUACUCUGUAAAUAAUAGGUAAAAUGAUGCUGACCUGCCUCACACCUUGGUCAGGGCCCGGAAAGUGCUCUGAGGAUGGACCAGGCUAAGAACAGUUUAUCCUUAAAAUUCCAGCAAAUGGCCUGAGCUGGGAAAGGUUACAGUGCAGUUGGAAAGAGGGAAGUGAAAAUAAUUGGGCGCAGGCUUUGGGGCUGGGCUAGGUGGUGUCCGACGCAGUAUUAGUGCGGUUACUGUGGUGCACUGCAGCUGUCACCGCUGAGGAGGAGCGGGACUUUUUGCAGAUCGGCUGCUCAAUAUUAACUGCUGCUCUCUCUGUGGAUUUCAGCAGAACUGCUGAGGAACUGGUGGUCGUUGCCACAGAUCUCUGACUGGCAAAGCCCUAGCAACCACGCAUGGGGCUUUGCAGUGACUUGUGCUACUCACACUGAUUACAAUGGGCCACAGUCCACGCCAAUGGAGUUGCAGCACGGAUGGGUUGGUCCCAACGCGUUUCAUUGAGAUUGAAGUUUCCAGUGAUUUGGGGGAUCAGUUAUUAGCAAGUAGUUCAGUGCUUCCUCUGCUUUACAACUACCUAGAUUUUGUGGACAAAAAUCUCUCCCCACGUCAGUCCCCUACAGAGGAGAUCACCUCUGAGAACCAGCAGUUCGGGAAUGGGAGAAUCAGCUGCUGCUUGCCAGUGCACGAAUUACUGGGAUCUGGCCAGCUUAUCCACCAGCCAGUGUUUUUUCACUGCUUUGCCACAGUAAUUCAGCUGAGUUUCCCAAGCAGAAAGCUGCUUUACUAAUGCAAGGAAAACCUACCCUGGGAAUUUAGAGAAGACAGUAGGUCUCUUGGGACCACAUGAGUCUACAAAAGGAUUGAUCCAUAUGGGAGGGCAGAAAAAGGGAAAUCUAGCGAGUACAUCUACAGUAUUAUUGGCUUUUAACAAUGAGGACACAGUCAUUAAGCUAACCUGACUGCUACAGUCCGAUUCAAUUCCAUCUAGGUCGUCUUACAACUCUCAUCACUGUAAUACCUGAGUACCUUACAGUGCGAUCUUCCUGGUUUCUACUGUUUUAAAGAUUCACCAGUUGCCUGACUGGCUCUAAUAAGGCUCUGGUGUGUUUUUAUUUUAUUGUAUUUUUGUGCACCCUCGUUAGAAAAGAAUUCUCACAUCCUCUCCAGCAUUUUGAGCUAAGAUCUAGUUCAUGGGAAAUUUUAAUCUUGUGGGGGUUUUAAAAAAGGAACUGGAAACCAGCGUAUUUUUAAAGAAUUGCCAAACUAGCUGCAGUGUUUUUAUGAUAACGCUGGUUUAGUGUGUAUAAGCAUGUUUCCCUCUAGUGGCAGAUCCCAGAUACAAGUCUGCUACUUCAUUUAGCUCAUGCAAUAGAGACCUGUGUUUUUGAAGAUGACGGGUUCAGCCCCUACUGCAGUUGGCGUAUGCGCAGCCACAUCUCCUGACAGGCUGCGCUGGGCUUUUUAAGCAAGUCAGCUCUGUUGUGACCCAUCACUGACUAACAUUUCAUUUGGGUGUGGGAGUGCAAGAAAUUAUGGGAAUGACUGUCAGUGCUUACUCCUGGGAUGGUUCUUGAUUAGCAGCAGAAACUAGCCAGUGAGUAUGUGCAGGGUAUGAAAUAAGAGUUGAAGAAUUUAAGUGAACAAAGGUGGAGUCAACAUACUGGGCCAAAGCCAGCCCUGGGGUAAUGGAGCACAACUCGGAUGAAAUCACUUUGAAGUUUGUGGAGUUGCAUCUGCUGACAGCGGGGGUGAAUUUGACACAGUGGGAAAGUGUAGGUGCUAUAUCUUCCCGUGCUGGGCACAUUUGAAAUCAGUGUUGAGACAAGUAGCCAGACCUCUCCUAGGCACUACUCUGAGCAGUAAGGUGCCAUCUAUCUACCAGCACAAUCACGUCACAGCCACUUGUGCCAUUGUCCUCUGAGCUGUUUAUGGGAUGACUGUCCUCUUGGCCGAUGGACCAGGGGUUGAACCAGGGAUCCCCAGAGCUAAAAGCACAAGCACUUACAGUGUGAGCUAAGGAACCUAGCUCCUCUAGUGCAUAGCUGUAACAGCUUCUGUCACUGCAGAUCCUCUUCUCCAACCCACCACUCCCAUGUCUGGGGGGUAAUGGAGGCUGGGGGACCCAAACCUCUGUUAAUGCUCCCCGCCGCAGCCCUGGCGUGGGCCACGGCAGGGCUCAGAGCUCCUCUGAGCAACCCAGGCUAAGGACUCGGUCCCGGCCAGCCAGCUGGGGCUCAGGACUCCUCUGGAUUGCUCCAGGCGCCAGCAGGCUGUCUGAGGCUCGGGGCUGCUCCGAGGGGCUGGCCAGAGCUCGGGGCUGCACCAGCGGGCCAGCCAGUGAGAGCAGAGGGGCAUCAGGCGAACAGGGCAGGGCCUCGGGCACAAGAGGCAGGACAGGGGGCUACCCUCCCCAAACAGGAGUGAAUAUGCCACCCGUGGCCACUCCUUUCCAGUCCUCGCACCUCUCCCAAUCUCAUCUCCUUGGCAGCUCCCUCUCUCUUGCUAACCAUAGAAUCCCAGAAGUGUAGGACCGGAAGAGACCUCAGGUGUCCCCUGCACCAAGGCGGGACUAAGUAAUAACUUGACCAUUCCUGAAAGGUGUUUGUCUAACCUGCCUCUUAAAGCCCUCCCGUGAUGGAGCUUCUACAACCAUCGCCAUGAGCUGCACUCUAGUCAUUUGCACUGAAGAAUAAUCCCACUUCCCCGACAGGAGCUUCUUUCCCAUGAAGCUCUGCGCAGAACUCAUUUGCAUAAUGCUCUUCACUGUAGUCCUUUGUGGCAAAGGCUGGGUUGCCUUCUGUGUUUGUGCAACGCCUCACACAGUGGGGCCCUGAAUGAGACUUUGAGGGACUUCCGAAAUCCAAAUAAAUAGUAUAGUGUGAAUCCAUCCCUACCGCUCUGUACCAGUGCAUUCUGGGAAAACUAUCCCAUAGUGCCUUAGCAGGCGAUAGCAUGCCCAGACUAGAACUAGCAGCAUGUGUAGCAAUGCCUUCUGGGAUGUCCUACCACGCACGCAGCUGGGAGGGAGCAGGCCUGGCCAAGCCAGUGAUGCAGGCCUGGUGUGGGGGUACCAUGGACACUGCAAAGGAAACAUUGUGCCAAAGCAGUUCUAGGAAAGCAUCUAGGGUUCAGGCAGGGCUGGAACUGCUGCCAUGGUUGCUAACCAGGUGUUAGUGGUGGAGGCAAGCCAAGCAGGCCACUGCCUGGCUACAGACGCUACUAGCAGUUGUACUAUGGACGCUGUAAGGUCAAAGGCAAAGCACCCACUGAGCCAACAGGUGACAUGUCGCCACAUCCACACACACAAGUCCCACAGAGUGUCCGUCGCUGUAACUCUUAGCCAUUCACUGGACACCACAGCUGCAAACGCUAGAUCUGAACCACCAGUUCUUGCCCACUUAAAGCUCCCCCUGAACACGCAUCAGGCCUUGCCUAGGGGGAACUGAGAGGCUAAACCGCCACCAUCUGGUGCAUGUGUUUUGAGAAGCUGUAGAGGGACUUUGUGUGGAGUAACCAUAGUGUUACCAGCCCGGCCCCAGGUGUAACUCUACACUCAGCACAGGCGCUGACUUGUAAUUUUCCCCAGGGGUGCUCCACCCCCACUCCGCUCCUUCCCCCGAGGUCCCACCCUCGCUCCACCUCUUCCAGCCCCCACUCCAACCCCUCUCCCAAAGCCCCCGCCUGCUCACUGCUCUCUGCCCUCCCGCUAGUGCCUCCUCCAGCCGCUGAACAGCUGAUCGGCGGCCCCACUUGAGCCCCAGAGCACCCAUGGGAUCGGUGCCUGUGCCUUUAGAGCUGACCCAAAGCCCAAUGACAAAAGUAGGAAAAACUCCCAUUGACUGAAUGGGCUUUGGAUUGGGGCAUUUCUACUGGUUGAUUCUGGAAUUUGAAAAGCUCCUAGAGAGAGUUCUCAUGCAGCUCUUUGGCCUGGAGGGACCUGCCCCAGUCUGGCAUCUUCCCAGAGUGGCCCUGUCUCUGGAGUUGAAUGACUGGUUGUCAGACCUCCUCCUCCUUGGUGGAGCUCACCGGGUCUGAUUGACAUUUGCUUGAGAGCAGCGCCCUCUGUUUGGGCCAAAUCCAGGCUUGGAGUAAAUAGGAUCAUUUCCACCAUAGUCCGUCAGCCGGCAAAACUCCCAGAUGCUUCAGUGGCUCUAGGUUCAGUGAUUCUCAGACUUCAGUGGUCCAGGAGCCAAAUCAGCCAUCAACAGUAGCCCCAGGAGUGUGAAUUCAUUGUUUCAUUGACUAUUUUUAUAUCUGUAUAAGUAUUCUCACAGCAAAAUGGCUGACCAAGUAGUCUACAAUUGGUUAAUAACAUAGUAAAAGCUUCCUGAUUGGUUAAUAACUUAGAUUGGCUAAUAAUGAAAUCACCCAGGGUUUUAAUAUCAUGCUCUGCAAAGAGCUGCAGGAAAUGCAGUAAAGAGCCAUUUGUGGCUCCCCAGCCUCAGUCUGAGCAUCGUAGAUAGGACUCUGCACUGGGACUCAGGAGAGCUGGCCUCCAGUCCCGGCUCUGCCACUGGCCAGCUGCAUGAUCUUGAUCCAGUCACGUCAUCUCUCUGUUUCCUCUCCUACCCUUUGGCCGGCUUCUCUGUUUAGACUGUAAGUGCCUUGGGGCAGGGAGCGAAUCUCACUAUUGCCUUUAUAAAGCGCCUCGCACGAUGGGGCCCUGAUCUUGACUAAGGCUCCUAAGCACGGCUGUCGGACCAAGGAUGAUAACUAGCUGAAGGCCCGUGCUGUCACACGGGUAAUUCGGAAAUUCAUGUGUAUCAAAAAGCUGAAAAGAGCUGGGGGCUUAAAAACUGGAAGGUAACAGACUGCGAAUCCUCAUGCUGAUUGGACCUGCUUCUAGUCUAAACACAGAGAGCUCUCAGCCGGGCUGGUGCUGUUCCCAUCACUUACUCAGCAGGGAAUCUGCACUUCAAGGGACACCCAGACAGACUGAGAGCCCUGCAAUCUUCUUCUCUAGCUAACUAGUUGUCCCUGACUAGUCUAGGCCUGGAUUUUGGGCUUUGAGGAGAAGGCCCAGCAGAGAUACCUGUAAAGAAGGAUCAUAGACACAUAAUGGAGUGUCAGUUUAGAAUUUACAGACAGGAUUUCCCUUUGUCCAUUUCUUGCUUUAUUUACAAAUAUCCUCUGAACUCUUAUGGUCCCAGUGAGCCCGUAAAUAGCAGUAAAUGGCUCAUUGCACUGCCCUGGGACAAGGUUUCAAUUGAAUUUGUGGGCUGGCUUGCUGGCUUUUACUCCACUAAUUCAGGGGUUUCAAUCUUUUUUCAUUUGCAGACCCCUAAAAAAUUUCGACUGGAGGUGCGGACUCCUUUGGCAAACGCUGACAUAGUUGGCGGGUCCUCAUGGGUCUGUGGACCGCAGGUUGAAACCCACUGCCUUAAAUUAACUCUAGGGAUGGAACAACUAGUGGGCUGCAUUUGUUACUAGAAACUAGGUCUCGGCUGAGGACUCACUCUGUUGCUUGGAUCCCUGACUUGCCCUAGUCCCUUUAGCUGCUUCAUAGUCAGUGCAGCAAAUACUAACUGGACUUUUCUGAACCCAGACAUUCUGGGCCGAAUUCACUCUCCUUGUCACAGAUGUAAAUCAGGAGUCACCCCACUGAAGUGGGUAGAGUAUAAAAAUGGUGUAUGGGAGAUCUGGAUCAGGUCUCUUGUAACUUAGGCUUGGCUUGUCUGUUUUAAAAGGUUCUAGCCAUGUAAUGUUAAGAGUGGCCACAAUUCCUAAUGGGCUUAAGUAAACCUUAUGAUGAGUUAUGCUAUGUAAAUAUAUCAUAUUGUGCCAGUCUGGCAUGCAGCACCCUGCAAUGUAACACCCGCUCCCCCUGCCCCUGAGCCGAGGACAGGAAAUCCAAUUCUCACCCCUGCCUGCUUUCACUAUUUGACCAUAACGAAACCCCCUCCUUGCAGAAGGGGCAGAUUAAACACAAGGUAUCCAGAUCUGAGCAAUAUAACAUGCCAUGACGGAAUCUGUACAAACUCUAUGUUCCUCUGUCCUCCCAGGACAGGGCACCAAACAAUGACCAGGGUGUAUAGAAGUGAAAAAACGUGCUUGUUGCUGUGAGGAGGAAGUCAGGGGUGGAGUGGGGAAGAGGAGGGAGAAAUGUGGGUGAGCAACUGUGCGAGAAGGAGGAAGAAUGAACAGGCCUUUAACAUUUUAAACAGAUCCCUGUAGGGUUCCCUUACCCCAGUUGUAUACGGGUGGAUUUAUUUUCCAUGCUCUGCUUUGCAUUGUUCCGUUCCCCAGACAGAAAAGAACAACAAAUCCUGAAUCGGAUGCAGACCCUGCUUCCACAGUCCCGUCCUCUGGGAUAGUUUUCUCUCUGUUGUUUUUUCCCAGCUGCUAGGAACUUCCCUUUUUUUUUUUAAAUAAAAACCAGUGUCCGGAUUUUACUUUCUGCUAGUAAUAUCUGCUCCUGCCUGAUGAUGAGCCAGAAAGAUCAGGAGAGCUUCAGGUAGACCCAGACUAGAGUUAAGGCCUGAGCCAUGAAGUUCUGAUCUGGAUUGUAAGAAGAAAUUCCCCACCACGAAGUACAGCACCUGAUCCACAACCGUUUGGGAAUCUUUACACUGAAUGUAAUGGGCUUUGGAUCAUGUCCAUAUGGAACAAUGAGAUGCAUUAUGGGGAUUGUAGCCUUCCUCUGAAGUAUCUGGUCGGAGACAGUGUACCAGCUUAGAUGGGUCUGUCCCUGUUGGAGAUGGGCCCAAGCCGCCCACUUUGAAUCCUGUCCAUUUGGGCUCAUCUCUGUUUCUGCAAGGUGGUGGUCCCGGCCGUUCCCCCAGCAACUGUAGGUGCAUGCCCGAUGGCACUGCUGCUUGUGACAAUGGCAUCACAGCCUCAGACAGACAGAUGUGGGUCGCUCGCGGCAUUCUGUGCUCUCAGGUGCUUCCCUAUCUUGGGAAGAACUUGCAGCUAGUGGGGUGUGGUUUUGAUCAUGCGUCUUUGAUCGGUUCAUCCCUUGUGUUGAUGGUGCGCUGUCCAGUGCACGUGCCAUGCAUGUAUCAGCCGUCCGGUGACUGGGUUGUGCUCGGUGACGCUGCUGGCACCAUGCUGCUGGCAGGGCCCUGUUUUACCACCUCCCUCUCAGACAUAAUUUUGUAGCAUUGAGAUGAAGGUAAAUUAUUGUCUUGUCCUUUCAGAAUGACUAAUGGAAAUAAAAUGGAGGUUACUGUACGUCAGUGUCAGUGUGGUUCUGUUGGUGCUCUCUGAUGUUCUCCAAGGACAGGGGCCAUGGAUGGCAGAGAUGAUGCCAAGACUCAGCAAUCGAGCUGAAGAACAGUUGAAAGCGUUUUCAUUUUUGAUAGCAUCGAAGAGGCUUCCAGUCCCUCUAAGGGACUGAUAAAGCGGAGUGGAGAUAUUUCACAUACUGUACAUCACUGAAACGCAGCAACUUCUAGCACAGAGACAGUAGACAGCAGAGAUUAACAGCAUUGUCCAUAAUGGGCUGGAGGGGGGAUUUGGGGCAAAGACGUUAGGGCAGACCUGCUUCUCUUGCACACACACAAAAAGAUCUCCAGUUUCUGUGAUCUCCACGCAGAACCGAAGCUUUUAAAGAACCUGUGGUCCCAAGUGUUCUGUCACUGGAGUCUAAGGGAGUUUGAGCAGGCUUCCCCCCUCUCCGGGGUCAGUGAGGCCAGAAUCUGUAUUCUAAAUUAUCAU